AUGUCCCCUUCCCAGCUUCCCCCCAUCCCCUUCCCUUCUUCCCCCCAUCCCCUUCCCUGCUUCCCCCCAAUCCCCUUCCCUGCUUCCCCCCACCCCCGUCCCUUCCUCCCCCCAUCCCCUUCCCUGCUUCCCCGUGUCCCUUUCCCUGCUUCCCCCCAUCCCCUUCCCUGCUUCCCCGUGUCCCCUUCCCUUCUUCCCCCCAUCCCCUUCCUUGCUUCCCCAUGUCCCCUUCCCUGCUUCCCCCCAUCCUCUUCCCUUCCUCCCCCCAUUCCCUUCCCUGCUUUCCCGUGUCCCCUUCCCUGCUUCUCCCCCCAUCCCUUUCCCAGCUUCCCCGUGUCCCCUUCCCUGCUUCCCUGUGUCCCCUUCCCUGCUUCCCCCCAUCCCCUGCCCUUCCUCCCCCCCAUCCCCUUCCCUGCUUCCCCGUGUCCCUUUCCCUGCUUCCCCCCAUCCCCUUCCCUUCCUCCCCCCAUCCCCUUCCCUGCUUCCCCAUGUCCCUUUCCCUGCUUCCCCCCAUCCCCUUCCCUGCUUCCCCCCAUCCCCUUCCCUUCUGGUGCCCCAUCCCUUUACAAGCUUCCCCCCAUCCUCUUCCCUUCCACCACCCAAACCCUUCCCUGCUUCCCCCCAUCCCCUUCCCUGCUUCCCCGUGUCCCCUUCCCUUCUUCCCCCCAUCCCCUUCCCUUAUAUUCCCCCUUCCUUUUCCCUGCUUCCCCAUGUCCCCUUCCUUGCUUCCCCGUGUUCCCUUCCCUGCUUCCCCGUGUCCCCUUCCCUUCUUCCCCCCAUCCCCUUCCCAUAUAUUCCCCCAUCCCCUUCCCUGCUUCCCCAUGUCCCCUUCCUUGCUUCCCCGUGUCCCCUUCCCUUCUUCCCCCCAUCCCCUUCCCUUAUAUUCCCCCAUCCCCUUCCCUGCUUCCCCAUGUCCCUUUCCCUGCUUCCCCAUGUCCCUUUCCCUGCUUCCCCCCAUCCCCUUCCCUGCUUCCCCCCUUCCCCUUCCCUGCUUCUUCGUGUCCCCUUCCCUUCUUCCCCCCAUCCCCUUCCCUGCUUCCCCCCAUCCCCUUCCUUGCUUCCCUGUGUCCCCUUCCCUGCUUCCCCCCAUCCCCUGCCCUGCUUCCCCCCAUCCCCUUCCCUUCCUCCCCCCAUCCCCUUCCCUGCUCUCCCCCAUCCUCUUCCCAUCUUCCCCCCAUCCUCUUCCCUUUCACCACCCAAACCCUUCCCUGCUUCCCCAUGUCCCCUUCCCUGCUUCCCCGUGUCCCCUUCCCUGCUUCCACGUGUCCCCUUCCCUUCUUCCCCCCAUCCCCUUCCCUUAUAUUCCCACAUCCCCUUCCUUGCUUCCCCAUGUCCCUUUCCCUGCUUCCCCAUGUCCCUUUCCCUGCCUCCCCCCAUCCCCUUCCUUGCUUCCCCCCUUCCCCUUCCUUGCUUCCCCAUGUCCCCUUCCCUUCUUCCCCCCAUCCCCUUCCCUGCUUCCCCCCAUCCCCUUCCCUGCUUCCUUGUGUCCCCUUCCCUGCUUCCCCCCAUCCCCUGCCCUUCCUCCCCCCAUCCCCUUCCCUUAUAUUCCCCCAUCCCCUUCCCUGCUUCCCCCCAUCCCCGUCCCUUCCUCCCCCCAUCCCCUUCCCUGCUUCCCCCCAUCCCCUUCCCUGCUUCCCCGUGUCCCCUUCCCUUCUUCCCCCCAUCCCCUUCCCUGCUUCCCCAUGUCCCCUUCCCUGCUUCCCCGACCUGAUGCCAUUCAUCGACCGUGACCCCGUGGGAGGCGCACCCGGUGCAGAUGGGAGGGCAUCCCCGUAUCUCUCCCCUCGUCGCCCUGGCAUCCCCGUCACUAUCGCCAUCCCUCCCUUCUCCCUUCCCAACUCGCACACUUGUCACGCCCACUCACUCCCUUGUUCUCUCAUGCCCCACUCUCCAGCCCCUCAGCUGCUGGAAAGCAGAUCUACAACCGGAUCCGCCCUGAGGCAAACCCCUCCGCGCACCGCCAUGCCGGUCACGAAGCAGCAGCAGCCCACAGCGCACUUCGGCAGGUUAUGCGAGAUAGGGCGCGCAGCUGGCAGAGCUGCGAAGCAGCCUCUUCUCGAGACUGCCAUCCCCUCCCCUGCUGCCCCAUACCAUAUGCUGACCUGCGCCCGAUAA